AUGACCCCUGCCGAUCUCCUGGGCGUUCCCACGUUCUCCAGCGAGCCGCAUCCCCAGCCGCCCGCAGGCAACCUGUCCUCCGCGAAGGACGCCCCGGGCCUGAGGUCAGUCAUCGACAGCAUCGCGGCCAGGAUCGCGUUCACGGCCAGGCAGCUCCCGGGCACAGACGACCUCAGGAGGCAGGAGCCCCACAUGUUCGCCGUCAUCCCCAGGAAGUUCCUCCCGAGCAGCAGGAGCCCGUGCUGGUACGAGGAGUUCACGGGGCACAACACCUCGGACCCCUACCUGACCAACUCCUACGCGCUCUACUCCAAGCGCUUCCGCGCCACCUUCGACGUGCUGCGCAAGGCCUUCUGGGGACACCUGGCCCACGCGGCCGGGCGCCACUACCGCCUGCGCUGCCUGCCGCGCUUCUACAUCAUCGGGCAGCCCAAGUGCGGCACCACCGACCUGUACUCCCCCUUUCCCUCGUGGAAGCUCCGUUCCCCUGGUGGGAACAGGGAGGCCCGGAGCCGGGCCUCUGGAGCCGGUGGCACCGUGUGUGUGUGUGUGUGUGUGUGUGUGUGGGUCUCAGCCUCCGCUCUCUGCCUGGGGACCAGCUCGCCCCCCGCGGCUGUGUGCGGGGAAGGCAUCAGCCAGGCGUGGCCCUGGCGCAGGCUGCUCUGGGGGCCCCGUCACUCGGCACAGCUCACCUCACCGGCCGUGUCUCCGUUCCCAGGGGAGGCCAGCGCCUCCACCAUGUGGGAUAACAACGCCUGGACCUUCUUCUACGACAACAGCACGGACGGCGAGCCGCCCUUCCUGACCCAGGACUUCAUCCACGCCUUCCAGCCGGACGCCAGGCUCAUUGUCAUGCUCAGGGACCCCGUGGAGAGGCUGUACUCGGACUACCUGUACUUCGCCAGCUCCAACAAGUCCUCGGAGGACUUCCACGAGAAGGUGACGGAGGCGCUGCAGCUGUUCGAGAGCUGCCUGCUGGACUACUCGCUGCGCGCCUGCGUCUACAACAACAGCCUCAACAACGCCAUGCCGGUGCGUGCGCCCCAGCCCGGCCCAGGGCCCCUGCUGCUGCUGCUGCAGGUGGUGUCGGGGGAGCAGCUCCUCGUCCUGCGCCUGGAGGACCACGCGGCCGACGUCAAGUCCACCAUGCGGCGGGUCUUCCAGUUCCUCAGCCUCGGUACGGAGGUCAAAGGUCGCUGGAGCUUGCGGGCAGGGAUGGGCAGGGCUGGGUAGAGAUGGGCAGGGAUGGGCAGGGAUGGGCAGGAUGGGCUGAGCUGGGAGGCCAUUCGGCACCAGCUGUGCGUGGUGUGGGGAGGGGUCCCGGGGAGGGACGGGAGGUCCCCUGGAGGGAGAGAGCUGUGGCCCUGUUCCCGGUGGAAUGGC